AUGUCUGCAAGCAAGGGUCAUUUCGAGCAGGGUCAUCAACCUCCCGUGUCCCACCAAUCGUCCGCUCCAGGUCAUCAAACCGAACUGCCAAAAGAAGCCAUCAACGACCAACUCCCCACCGAUGAUGGAGGCUACCAACCAUAUCUCGCCGCCGGUAAACUAAAGGGCAAGAAAGCCUUCAUCACCGGUGGAGAUAGUGGAAUUGGUCGUGCCGUCGCCAUUUUAUAUGCCAUGGAAGGAGCAGAAAGUUCCAUCAUCUAUACACCCGAAGAAGAGAAAGAUGCACAAGAAACCAAGAAGCUGGUUGAGGCCAAGGGAGGAAAGAUACAUUUGUUCUCGGCAGAUUUGAAGAGCCAACAGGCUUGUAAAAAUGUAGUCGAGAAAGCUAAGGAGGCUAUGGGAAGAAUCAACAUUUUGGUCCUGAAUCAUGGUACUCAGAUGAUGGUGGAGACCAUUGAUGAGCUAUCUGAAGAGCAAUGGAUUAACACUUUUGAUGUUAACAUCCAUCCAUUCUUCUUCCUUUCCAAAUACGUCCUCCCACAAAUGUCCCGCGGUGAUACAAUCAUCACCUGCGCUUCCGUGAACCCAUACGUCGGUCGCCCAGAUCUUCUCGAUUAUACUUCCACCAAAGGUGCCAUCGUAGCCUUCACCCGCGCUCUUUCCAACCAACAAAUCAGCAAAGGUAUCCGCGUCAACGCCGUCUGUCCCGGCCCCAUCUGGACCCCUCUUAUCCCCGCAACCAUGAACGAGAAAGCACAAAAAGAAUUCACAUCUCCCAUGGGUCGUCCCGGUCAACCAUCAGAAUGCGCUACUUGUUUUGUAUUCUUGGCGAGUGCGGAUAGUAGUUUUAUUAGUGGUCAAAGUUUGCACCCUAAUGGAGGUGUGCAGGUUGGUUCUUAG